AUGGCGGCUUCCCAUACUUUCUUUCUGGGAAUUAUACUUUUAUUGUGUUGGAUCUCAAUUGGAGAUGCUGAAUAUAUGAAGUACAAAGAUCCUAAACAACCAGUUGGUGUUCGAAUCAAGGAUUUAAUGAACCGGAUGACCCUUGCUGAAAAGAUAGGCCAAAUGGCACAGAUUGAAAGAAAGGUUGCAACAACUCAGGUCAUGAAAGAUUACUUCAUAGGUAGUGUUUUAAGUGGUGGGGGCAGCGUCCCUGCUCCUCAGGCAUCGGCCAAAGAUUGGAUAGACAUGAUAAAUAAUAUUCAAAAUGGUGCUUUGUCAACACGGUUGGGGAUCCCAAUGUUAUAUGCUAUUGAUGCUGUUCAUGGAAAUAACAAUGUCUACAAUGCAACUAUAUUCCCUCAUAAUAUAGGCCUUGGUGCUACUAGGGAUCCUGAUCUUGUGAAGCGAAUUGGUGCUGCAACUGCUCUUGAAGUUAGAGCAACAGGCAUACCAUAUGCUUUCGCUCCAUGUAUUGCGGUUUGCAGAGAUCCAAGGUGGGGUAGGUGCUAUGAAAGCUAUAGUGAAGACCAUACUGUUGUGCAAGCAAUGACUACUAUAAUACCUGGUUUGCAAGGGGAUCUCCCUGCAAAUCAAAGAAAGGGCACUCCAUAUGUUACUGGAAAGGACAAAGUUGCAGCAUGUGCAAAGCAUUUUGUUGGUGAUGGAGGAACACAGAAGGGAAUUGAUGAGAACAAUACCAUUAUUGAUCGCCGUGGACUGUUCAGUAUCCACAUGCCUGCUUACUACAACUCAAUUAUUCAGGGUGUUUCCACCAUAAUGGUGUCUUACUCGAGCUGGAAUGGAGAGAAAAUGCAUGCCAAUCAAGAUCUGAUCACUGGUUUCCUGAAGAACCAACUUCAUUUUAAGGGCGUUGUUAUCUCCGAUUGGGAGGGAAUUGAUAGAAUAACUAGCCCUCCUCAUGCAAACUACACCUAUUCUGUGCAGGCUGGUAUCAAUGCUGGAAUUGAUAUGGUGAUAAUUCCUUACGACUAUGAUUCGUUCAUUAGCAACCUCACCACUCUUGUCAAUAACAAAAUUGUCCCUAUGAGCAGAAUAGAUGAUGCUGUGAGCAGGAUUCUUCAUUUGAAAUUCUCUGUUGGUCUAUUUGAUAAUCCUUAUGCAGAUCUUAGCUUUGCUGAUCAACUUGGAAAGAAGGAGCACAGGGAAUUGGCCAGGGAAGCUGUCAGGAAAUCACUCGUGCUACUGAAAAAUGGAAAAUCUUCAAAUAAGCAAAUUCUACCCUUACCAAAGAAAGCUCAGACAAUUCUUGUUGCUGGAAGCCAUGCCGACAACUUGGGUUACCAGUGUGGCGGGUGGACAAUAGAAUGGCAAGGAGACACUGGAAGAAUCACAGUUGGAACAACAAUACUAGAAGCCAUUAAAUCAACAGUUGACCCUGCAACCAAAGUUAUCUACUCUGAAAACCCAGACACUGCGUUUCUCAAAAGCAACAAUUUCUCCUAUGCCAUCGUCGUCGUCGGCGAAACUCCCUACGCCGAAACUGACGGUGACAGCUUGAACCUGACGAUCCCAGAACCCGGUCCGAGCACCAUCCAGACUGUCUGUGAAUCCGUCAAGUGUGUUGUCGUCCUUAUCUCCGGCAGGCCGGUUGUGAUAAAACCAUAUGUUCCGGUUAUAAACGCCCUGGUGGCUGCCUGGUUGCCGGGGACUGAAGGACAGGGGGUAGCUGAUGUCCUGUUUGGAGAUUAUGGAUUUACGGGGAAACUUCCGAGAACCUGGUUCAAAUCUGUAGAUCAGUUGCCGUUGAACGUUGGCGAUAAGGAUUAUGAUCCAUUGUUUCCCUUUGGGUUUGGAUUGGUUACAGAGCCUGGAAGCGCUUGA